CUUCAUCCGUACGUUAAAUAUGCUUGUUUUAAGUGGUUCGGAAAGAAGAUGUUAGCGGAGAAAUGACGGAACCGAUGUCUACAGUUGCAGGCGCCAGUGGCAAGAACCCCAAGCACCAGUGUCUAGCACCCGAAGAUACAGAAAUCCACUAGGAUACGCCCGCCUUCCAGCAGCUCAUUUGCCGUGGACGCUCUAAUUGUCAGAGCAGAGCUCCGCUGGGUCACGUGACCCGAACCCCUUAGCUAAAUCCGAAGUUUUCAGAUUCACUGUGACUGCGGGAUUCGCCGCAUGCACGCGAAGUACUUGUUCUAUUCCCGUGUAUGUGAUAAAGACUAGAGAAAUAUCUCCAGCGCCAGUCGUUGUAUGAUUAAUUUGUCAUCUGAUUUACACAGCGAAUUUGCUGGCGCAGAUGGAAUACGAACGCCCGUCAGGAAGGGAUUUCUUAAAUAUAUGGUGGAGGUGAAGGUCUACGCCUAUGGAAACUCAACGGUGCUCCUUAUUAAGGUUCCAACUGUCAGUUGUGCUAUCAUGACCGAUGGCGACAGGGGAACGCAGAUCCAUCCACUGGGCGGCAAGGAUGCCAGGGUCCCAAUAUCAGAGUCAGGGGACGAUGAGGACGGAGGCAGCACAGACAACCCCGUUCAAGGGAGCCUCGGUUCGGGAGACUCAUGUGGUCCUGAACGGGUCGCGGACUUGGGUUCUGACAGUGAGGAGCAGCUCCAGUAUCCGCUUUUGGCUCCGGUUGUCUUCUUCUACCUCAAGCAAACGACGCGCCCUCGUAGCUGGUGCCUGCGACUGGUCUGUAAUCCCUGGUUUGAACACGUCAGCAUGCUGGUCAUCCUCCUGAACUGUGUCACACUGGGGAUGUAUCAGCCCUGUGAAGACAUCCAGUGCCAAUCUGAGUGGUGCACCAUCCUGCAGGCUUUUGAUGAUUUCAUUUUCGCCUUCUUUGCCAUGGAGAUGGUCAUUAAGAUGGUUGCUUUGGGGAUUUUUGGCCAGAAGUGUUACCUGGGAGACACCUGGAACCGACUGGAUUUCUUUAUUGUCAUGGCAGGAAUGAUGGAGUACUCGCUGGACGGACACAAUGCCAGCUUGUCAGCAAUUCGCACUGUCAGGGUUCUGAGGCCGCUGAGGGCUAUUAACAGGGUUCCCAGCAUGAGAAUCCUGGUCACUCUGCUGCUGGACACUCUGCCUAUGUUAGGCAACGUCCUCCUUCUCUGCUUCUUUGUUUUCUUUAUAUUUGGCAUUGUGGGAGUCCAACUGUGGGCUGGACUGCUGAGGAACAGAUGCUUCCUGGAGGAUCAUUUUAAAAUGGCCUACAAUGUGUCCUUUUUAAGUCCUUACUACAAACAUGAUGAGAGCGAUGAAAGCCCAUUCAUCUGCUCCUCCAGUCGAGACAAUGGUAUGUUGAGGUGCCAGGAAGUUCCUAAGCUGAGAGAGAAUGGCAUUGAGUGCCUUUUGAGCAUUGAGCACAUUGGACGUUCCUCUCACACAUCUGACACGAGCAGCAAGGAUGGCUGCAUCAACUGGAACCAGUAUUACAAUGUGUGCCAUCCUGGUGAGGUCAACCCACACAAAGGAGCUAUCAACUUUGACAACAUUGGAUAUGCCUGGAUUGCUAUUUUUCAGGUCAUCACUUUGGAAGGCUGGGUGGACAUCAUGUACUACGUCAUGGAUGCACAUUCUUUUUAUAAUUUUAUAUAUUUUAUAUUGCUUAUCAUUGUAGGCUCUUUCUUCAUGAUUAAUCUGUGCCUAGUGGUGAUAGCAACACAGUUCUCAGAGACCAAGCAGCGGGAGAACCAACUAAUGAAGGAGCAGCGAGCACGUUACCUCUCCAAUGAUAGCACACUUGCCAGCUUCUCUGAACCAGGCAGCUGCUAUGAAGAGCUGCUCAAGUACAUCGGACACUUGUUCCGCAAGGUCAGGCGUAGAGCAGGUCGACUAUACAGCAACUGGCAGACUAAGAGGCGCAAGAAGGUGAAUCCAAACGAUGGCAGUACUGGGCGCAGCAGGAGACAUAAAAGCAAGCGCAAAGUUCACUCCAUCCAUCACCAUCACCAUCAUCACCACCAUCAUCAUUACCACAUCAGUCCCAGGGUGAACACUGAGACAUCUGACGUGGCAGAAAUGAAACCCACCAGAGCCGGGUUUCAACUCAUGCUGCCUCCUUCCACAGCCAACCUACAGAGCCCCUCCUCUGGGGUGGAGUCUGUCCAUAGUAUCUAUCACGCCGACUGCCACUUUCAGGGACCACAGAUUCGCUACAAGUCUUCGGCUACAGCUGGGAAUGGGCGGCUGAUGGCAGGAGUACAUGGCAACAUGAACUACCCCACCAUUGUUCCUUCAGUGACAACUCCAGAGUCCAAGGGAAGGAAGAACUGUACUCAUCCUAUGGCAUUGAACCGAGCAGUUGGUCUUUUUGGACUAUCUGACACUUUUGGGAAGCCAUACCCAGUUGCAAGCGAGUUUGGAGAAUGCAGAUCAUCUCUGUCAGGUCUUGGUCUUAGCAUGCCUUGCUCCUCACCCAAUGCCCAGACCAACCUCCUCUCCUGUGAGUUGGCAAACUGUCCCUACUGUGCAAAGAUACUGGACAAAGGUGAAUGCAACACAAGCGACUCUGAAAGCAGCCACUCCGACACAGAUAAUGUGUACGAGUUUCACCGGGAUGCGGAGAACAAGUACUGGCAGAGGAAGUGGAGGCAGAGUGACAAAAACUCAGUGACCCAAUACCAGGAAUUGUUCUGCAACAAAAUGAAAAGGAUUGUGGAAAGUAAAUAUUUUAACCGAGGAAUCAUGAUCGCUAUUCUAAUCAAUACUCUGAGCAUGGGAAUUGAAUAUCAUGAACAGCCCAGAGAGCUCACAGAUGCUUUGGAGAUCAGCAACAUUGUUUUCACCAGCAUGUUUGCCCUUGAGAUGCUUCUGAAGCUGCUUGCCUUUGGUCUUUUUGGAUACAUCAGGAACCCAUACAACAUAUUUGAUGGAAUUAUUGUCAUCAUCAGCGUCUGGGAGAUUAUCGGUCAGUCAGAUGGAGGUCUCUCGGUCCUCAGGACAUUUCGACUGCUGCGGGUCCUCAAACUUGUGCGCUUUCUGCCCGCACUACGACGUCAACUGGUGGUGCUGAUGAAGACUAUGGAUAAUGUGGCUACUUUUUGCAUGCUUCUCAUGUUGUUCAUCUUUAUCUUCAGCAUCCUUGGAAUGCAUCUCUUCGGUUGUAAAUUCAGCCUGACCACUGACAAUGGAGACACCAUUCCCGACCGGAAGAACUUUGAUUCCUUGUUGUGGGCGAUUGUCACUGUUUUCCAGAUCCUCACCCAAGAGGACUGGAAUGUAGUUUUAUACAAUGGGAUGGCAUCAACCUCACCCUGGGCAGCCCUGUAUUUUGUGGCUCUUAUGACUUUUGGCAACUAUGUGCUCUUUAACCUUCUAGUGGCCAUACUGGUGGAGGGCUUUCAGGCAGAGGGAGAUGCCAGCCGUUCAGACAGUGGAGAGGAUAAGAUGUCAGGCACCUUUGACGAGGAUGAUCGACUGCGAGAUCCAGCUCCUGCAGAUCCAAAGAUGUAUUCCCUAAUGAUGAAUGGCCGCAUGGACUCCAGGACAAGUGCUGCCCCUCCACUCAUUAUGCGCACUGCCGCCACACCCAUGCCCACACCUACAUUCACAGAGUCGAGGCGAGGCAGUAGCGCCUCCAUCGAACCAAGCUCGUAUGAUCAGAGGUCUCUGUCCAGUUUGCGCAGCUCUCCCUGCCCACCUUGGGGUGCUAGCAGUAACUGGGGUAGUCGCCGUUCGAGCUGGAAUAGCUUAGGUCGGGCACCCAGCUUGAAAAGGAAGAACCAGUCAGGGGAAAGGGAAUCUCUGCUCUCCGGAGAAGGGCGCUGCAGCUCAGAGGAAGAUGACUCAGAGGCAGGUAGCGCUGGAGCAACAUCUCUGCGGCAGUCUCUGGAGCUGCCUGAGCUUCUGCACGUGCCCCCUCUGCGCCACCACUCAGAAUACCACAGCAAGGCUGGCCAUGUUCCCCCAGACUUCCUUCUACAUCUAGACAACCAGAAGGAUGACUGUGAGGAGGACAUAGAUGACAAUUUCUGCUUCAGAGUGAGGAGGCUAAUUGAGGCGCACAAGCCGGAGUGGUGCAGGGAGCAUGAAGACUGGGCACUGUAUAUGUUCUCUCCUCAGAAUGAGUUCCGCAUCUUGUGUCAAAAGGUCAUUGCCCACAAGAUGUUUGACCAUAUCGUUCUUGUCUUCAUCUUCCUGAAUUGUAUCGCCAUUGCUUUGGAGAGACCAGAGAUUGAUCCACACAGCACAGAGCGCAUGUUUCUGACUGUCUCAAAUUACAUCUUCACUGCCAUUUUUGUCGCUGAAAUGACAGUUAAGGUUGUGGCUUUAGGCUUCUUUUCGGGGGAAAAUACCUACCUGCAGAGCAGCUGGAAUAUUCUGGAUGGGGUACUGGUCUUUGUCUCAGUCAUCGAUAUCUUUGUCUCUAUGGCUUCUGCUGGAGGAGCAAAGAUUCUGGGCAUCUUGAGAGUCCUGCGGCUCUUGAGAACACUACGGCCCCUAAGGGUCAUUAGCCGUGCUCCUGGCCUCAAACUUGUUGUGGAGACACUAAUCACAUCCCUCCGUCCAAUUGGAAACAUUGUAUUGAUCUGCUGUGCCUUUUUUAUCAUCUUUGGCAUCCUUGGUGUCCAGCUUUUCAAAGGCAAGUUCUACUACUGUGAGGGAAUUGACACAAAGAAUGUCACCAAUAAGUCAGACUGCCAGCACAUGAAGUACCGCUGGAUUCGGAGGAAGUACAACUUUGACAAUUUGGGCCAGGCUCUGAUGUCCUUAUUCGUUUUGUCAUCAAAGGACGGCUGGGUGAACAUUAUGUAUGAUGGGCUGGAUGCAGUAGCUGUUGACCAGCAGCCUAUCCGCAACCACAAUCCCUGGAUGCUGCUUUAUUUCAUCUCCUUCCUUCUCAUCGUCAGCUUCUUCGUGCUCAACAUGUUUGUUGGCGUAGUGGUGGAGAACUUCCACAAGUGCAGGCAGCACCAAGAGGCAGAGGAGGCACGCCGCGAAGAGAAGCGCCUACGGCGACUUGAGAAAAAGCGCAGGAAAGCCCAGCGUCGCCCUUACUUUGCUGACUACUCACCAGCGCGACUCUACAUUCACACGCUUUGCACCAGCCAGUACUUGGACCUCUUCAUCACCUUCAUCAUCGGCAUCAAUGUGGUCACCAUGUCCAUGGAGCAUUACAACCAGCCGCAGUCUCUGGAGGAAGCCUUGAAAUACUGCAAUUAUGUCUUCACUAUGGUCUUUGUGAUUGAAGCUGUCCUCAAACUGGUGGCCUUUGGCCUCAGAAGAUUCUUUAAAGACAGGUGGAACCAGCUGGACCUGGCGAUUGUACUACUAUCUAUAAUGGGGAUCACUUUGGAGGAAAUUGAAAUCAAUGCUUCGUUGCCAAUUAACCCCACCAUCAUUCGUAUCAUGAGAGUACUUCGGAUUGCACGAGUGCUGAAGUUGUUAAAGCUGGCCACUGGCAUGCGGGCACUCCUGGACACUGUGGUGCAGGCUCUUCCACAAGUGGGUAACCUGGGUCUGCUCUUCAUGCUGCUGUUCUUUAUUUAUGCAGCCCUUGGAGUGGAGCUCUUUGGAAAAUUAGUGUGUAAUGAAGAAAACCCUUGUGAAGGUCUCAGCAGACAUGCCACUUUCGAGAACUUUGGCAUGGCCUUCUUGACUCUGUUUCGUGUGUCGACUGGUGAUAACUGGAAUGGCAUCAUGAAGGACACACUGCGGGAAUGUAGUAGUGAGGACAGGCACUGCCUCAGUUAUCUGCCUCUCAUUUCUCCCAUCUACUUUGUGACCUUUGUGCUAAUUGCACAGUUUGUGCUUGUCAAUGUGGUUGUGGCUGUACUCAUGAAACAUCUAGAGGAGAGUAACAAGGAAGCCAAGGAAGAUGCUGAGAUGGACGCUGAAAUAGAGCUGGAAAUGUCUCGAAGGCUAAGCUAUUCUGGACCAGGCUCAGGGGGCCGGACACUGGGGCUUGAAAGCAAGGCCUGUUAUGUUGGACCACGGCCAGACUCACCAGGGCAGGAUGAGCCAAGGCCAUGCAGAUUACGGGAGAGCAGCCAAGAAAACCUUGUGUCACUACGAAAGGUCUCAAUGUCCCGAAUGCACUCUCUGCCCAGUGACAGCUACAUGUUCCGUCCUGUCAGGCCAGCUAACACCCCUGACCCUCUACCUGAGGCCGAGACUGAAGAUGGCAAUCUUGAGUCAGGUUCCACAAGUUCUCUGCUCGGUGUCCCCGAGAGACCAGUGCCCCUGGCUGAGACUGGUAGUCUGCCCAAACUAGUAUCUCAUCCUUCUGGAAUGAGUCCAUCACUGCAGAGACAGGAGGCUCUCAUCGACAACUCAUUUGACUCGAGAGACAGUGUCGCCACGGACUUUGCGGAGCCCUCUCAUGCCAGCCUGGUCUUGCCUUCACUCACAUCCCAGAAGACAGCUAGUGUUCAUACUCACAGGCAGGCACACAGUCAGAGAAACAUCUCCAGUAAGCCCAGCCCUGAAAGUAUCAUGUUUGAAUCGGUGGACCCAGCAGAUGAAGAGGUUAGGAACAUCAACAGCUCAGCUAAGGAUUGGCCUAGGUAUGCAGAGCCAAGGAGCUCUUCUCUGUCACCUUACAUCUCCUGCACUACGCCUCGCCGGCCUCUGAGAGAAAAGGAGCUGAAGAAGUUCUACAGUGUGGAUGCUCAAGGUCUACUGGCCAAACCACUGUGGACAGAGGACACCCGCCGACACUCUAUUGAGAUCUGUCCUUCCCUGGACGAUAUCCAAACUCUGUUUAAGCAAUCAGGGAGUGAGAAAAGGCGGUCAUCACUCCGUAGCCAACAACAGAGGAAGAAAAAGACUAGCCCACCUUGUAUUUCUGUAGAGCCCCCUGCAGAGGGAGACACAUCACUAUCCAAGCUCUCUGAGAACAGUAUGCUCCUUCGUCGUAGGACCCCAUCCUGUGAGAACACACCCUACAGAGAUUCCUUAGACAUGCCUGAGGCAUCACUUCUCUUGGUACCCCAGUUCUCAAUUGAGCAGUCGGAAGACAAACUCUCUGAAGCAUUAGUCAGUAGUGAGCACUCCUCCCCUUCCCCUUCAGUUCCCUUUUCAGUUGAGGUAAAGAAUGGGGGGGCAGAGAAAAAUGCUAUCCGGCGGCUGAGCAUGUGCAGGAGCCCUUUGCGCAAGCGUGAUCUGCUCCAUGUGGUGGGCAACAGGGACAUGGACCCAGAGGAGCCUGCUGUAUAGCUGAGGCUAAAUCUCGUGCGGGCACUCAUGUAGCUUCUCCUCCUUCUCCCCAUAAAGCUGUUUGCUGCUUACUCCUUUCACAUUGCCAGCUUGUUUUCUUCUUCUUUUCUUUUUUUUAUUCUAUAUUCACAAGUAAUUCCCAGAUGACAAUUCACAGGCAAACUGCAGCCAGUGCAAUAAUGUUAAUAUUUUCACAGCCAUGUAUAAUGACUGCAAUAAUUUCUAAAAAAAAAAAAAAAGAAAAAUUAAAAAAAAUUUCUAAAGGAUGUAAAAAGUGACAAAAUGUUAUGAAUA